AUGAGGUUUCUAAUCUCACUGUGUGCGUCACAACUCCUGUUGAUUAACGUUGCAUUUGGCAAUGAUCCUUGUUACAACUAUGAAUCUCUGGAUCGUCCCUGGAGAGCCACAGAGGAAACUGGACUUUACGUUUGUGAUGAAUAUUUCUCCUGGAACGGCUGGUACAGACUUUUCUAUAAUGGAAUGGACAUCCGGAUGCCAGAGCACUGUGUGAACACAGGCAGCUGUAACACAGAUUACAGUCUGUGGCUCAAUGGUUCUCACCCUCAGAUAGAGGAUGGAGAGGUGAUCAUGGAGGUCUGUGCAAGCACAUUGUAUGACUGCUGCUCUUUCGAAUCAACACCCAUCAGAGUCAAAGCUUGCCCGGGCGAUUACUAUGUCUAUGAACUUGUCAAUCAACAGUAUGAGUGUUCAGGAUACUGCACAGAUAUCAGCACAAUAUCCCUGACAACUUCCACUUCAAGUCCAUCUACGAUUAGUGGAUCCAGCCUUUCCAUGUAUUAUGACCCAUGCUUCAACUACAACAUUCUUGAUGAUUACUGGAGAAGCACACUCAAUUACUGGUAUCAAUCUGGAUAUAUGUCUGGACAUGAUGACACUCUAGUUGAAUGGCAUGGCUGGUAUCGACUCUUCAUUAAUGGUUCGAGUGCACAGAUGCCUGAGUGGUGUUUCAGUCAUAUGUCAUGUGGAGGUUUUAGUUCUCUGUGGCUUGGUGACCCUCAUCCUCAGCCAGAAGAUGGAGUUGUUACUCGUGAAGUCUACAGCUCUGUUAAUGACCAGUGCAGUUACUACAGAUCUGACCCAAUCCAAGUCAAAGCCUGUCAAGGAAAUUAUUAUGUCUACAAACUUAAAAGUCCAAAGCCAUCGAUCCCAUUGCCUGUAUAUUGUGCAGUUCCAUUCAACACUCCAAAUACUGAUCCCUGCUACGACUACACCAAUGUCGACGAGCCUUGGCGAGCCACUGACUAUAAUUAUAUCACUAAUAUAUGUGAUUAUAAUGUCAACUGGAACGGCUGGUACAGGCUCUUCUACAAUGGUCAGAGUGUCCAGAUGCCAGAUUCAUGUGUUGGUUCUGGCAUGUGUGGCACAGACAAACCACUUUGGCUUGAUGGCCCUCACCCACAGCUGGAAGAUGGAGUGAUUACUCGACAAGUGUGCGUUUCCACAUUGAAUGACUGCUGUGAUUACAAAUCGCAUCCAAUACGAGUCAAAGCUUGUCCUGGAGACUAUUACGUGUAUGAGUUUGUCAGGCCACAAUUGUGUUCAUCUUACUGUGCAGAUGUCUCAAGCCUCAGCAGCCCAACAUCUACAACACCACCUACAACAACAGUUGCAGUUAUACUCCCAGAAUCCAUUACUCCGCCUGACACAGACACAGCCCUCCACUUUGACCCCUGCAAUAGCUACACUGCGCUGGAUGAGCCAUGGAGAGCCACAGACAAUCGAUAUACCUUCAAUUUAAUGUGUGACGCUUAUGUCAGCUGGGUGGGCUGGUAUCGUCUCUUCAUUUAUGGCCAGAGCGUUCAGAUGCCAGACACAUGUGUUGAUCGGCUAAGCUGUGGCACUCAUGCCCCACUUUGGCUAAACGGUCCACACCCACGAAUCGAGGAUGGAGUGGUGACCCGAGAUGUCUGCGGUCACUGGUGGAAUAACUGCUGUGGUUUCCGGUCAAAUCCCAUUAGAGUGAAAGCCUGCCCAGGCAAUUACUACGUCUAUGAGUUUGUUAGACCAAAUUUCUGUUAUGGGACCUACUGUGCAGAGGCUUUCCGCACUGACCCCUGCUACAACUACAGAGCCCUGGAUGAUCCUUGGAGAGCAACAGACAGUCACUAUUCAUACAAUUGUGAUGCUAGUGUUAAUUGGGAUGGAUGGUAUCGUCUCUUCAUUGCAGGCCAGGAUGCUCGGAUGCCAGAAACAUGUGUUAAUCAGUUUAGCUGUGGCACUAUUGCCCCACUGUGGCUAAAUGGUCAGCAUCCACGAGUCGAGGAUGGUGUGGUCACCCGUCAUGUCUGUGGCCACUGGAACAAUGACUGCUGCAAUUAUGAGUUUAAUCCUAUGAAGGUGAAAGCAUGCCCAGGCAAUUAUUAUGUGUAUGAGUUCAUAAACCCAGUGUUCUGCUAUGUGGCAUACUGCGCAGGUAAAUAUAUUUACAUUCAAACUUGUAUAAUUGCAUUCAACAGCAUCAGUUAUGAUCCUUGUUACAACUAUGAAUCUCUGGAUCGUCCCUGGAGAGCUACAAAUGAAACCGGAUUUUACAUUUGUGAUGAAUCGUUCUCCUGGAACGGCUGGUACAGACUUUUCUACAAUGGAACGAACAUCCGAAUGCCAGAGAGUUGUGUUAAUGCAGGCAGCUGUAACACCGAUUACAGUCUGUCGCUCACUGGUCCUCAUCCUCACGUAGAGGAUGGAGUGGUGAUCAUGGAGGUCUGUACAAGAACAUGGCAUUCCAGCUAUAAUUUGAUGAAAAAACCCAUCAGAGUUAAAGCUUGCCCAGGCGACUACUAUGUUUAUGAACUUGUGAAUCAACUAGCAAAUGGGUGUUCAGGGUAUUGUACAGAUGUCAACACAAUAUCUCUGGUUUCCACUGCAAGUCCAGCUACCAGUCCUGGAUUCAGCAUGACUUUGAUUUUAUUUAACACUCCAAAUACUGAUCCCUGCUAUGACUACACCAGUCUGGAUGACCCUUGGAGAGCCACUGAAAAUUAUUACAACAAUUACAUGUGUGAUUAUAAUGUCAACUGGAACGGCUGGUACAGGCUCUUCUACUAUGGUCAGAGUGUCCAGAUGCCAGAGUCAAGUGUUGGUUAUGGCAUGUGUGGCACUCCUUACCCUCUGUGGCUCAACGGCCCUCACCCACAGCUGGAAGAUGGAGUGGUCAUACGGCAAGUGUGCGGUUCCACUUGGAAUGAUGGCUGUGGUUACAAAUCUCAUCCAAUACAAGUCAAAGCUUGUCCAGGAAACUAUUAUGUGUAUGAGUUUGUCAGGCCAACAUUUUGUGCAUCUUACUGUGCAGAUGUAACCAAGCUUGCAUCUACAACAACAUCUGAAACAACGGUGACAAUUCCACCCACAGAAUCCAGUACUUUGUCUGUCACUACCCCAGGAUGUGGUGGUGAAGUUGGACUUUAUCUUAAUGGCUCUCAUCCAAAACCUGAGGAUGGGGUGGUGAGCCGUGAAGUCUUGGGGUCGACAUCUUGGCCGUGGUGGUGGUGGUGGUGGAACAGCCGCCAGUGUGGCAGUUAUAAAUCCACCUCCAUUGAAAUCAAAGCCUGUCCAGGAGAUUACUACGUCUAUAAACUCGUCAAACCUGACAUGUCAAUCCCUUCUCCUACAUACUGUGCAGUUGUUUUCAACAACAUCAAUAAUGAUCCUUGUUACAACUAUGAAACUCUGGAUCGUCCCUGGAGAGCUUCAAAUGAAACUGGACUUUACAUUUGUGAUGAAAACUUCUCCUGGAAUGGCUGGUAUCGACUUUUUUACAAUGGAAUGGGCAUUCGAAUGCAAGAGAGCUGUGUUUCUGAUGGCAGCUGUAACACAUAUAGCAGUCUGUGGCUCAAUGGUCCUCAUCCUCAGAUAGAAGAUGGAGUGGUGACCAUAGAUGUGUGUGGAGGAUACUGCACAGAUACCAGCACUAUAUCAACAACGUUUUCCUCUACAAGCCCAGCUACAUUUAUUGGGUCCAGCAUGACUGCUAUUAACACAGAUUUUGACCCAUGCUAUGACUACAACAUUAUUGACAACUCAUGGAGAAGCACACUCAAUUUCUGGUAUCAAUAUGCACAUGAUGACACUAUAGUUGAAUGGAAUGGCUGGUAUCGACUCUUCAUUAAUGGACUGAGUGCUCAGAUGCCUGAGUGGUGUUUCACCUAUAUAUCAUGUGGAGGUUUUAGUUCUCUGUGGCUUGAUGGCCCUCAUCCUCAGCCAGAAGAUGGAGUUGUUACUCGGGAAGUCUACGGUUCUUAUUACGACCAGUGCAGUUACUACAGAUCUGACCCAAUCCAAGUCAAAGCCUGUCCUGGAAAUUAUUAUGUUUACAAAAUUAAAAGGCCAAAGGUAUUGAUCCCAGCCCCUGCAUAUUGUGCAGUUACUUUCACCACUCCGAGUGCUGACCCUUGCUUCAACUACAACAGUCUAGACGAUCCCCUGAGAGCCACCAUCAGCUCAUUUGAUGAUAAAUAUUAUUACAAUCAAAUAUGUGAUAAUUAUGUCAACUGGAACGGCUGGUACAGGCUCUUCUACAAUGGUCAGAGUGUCCAGAUGCCAGAUUCAUGUGUUGGUUCUGGCAUGUGUGGCACAGACAAACCACUUUGGCUCAAUGGCCCUCACCCACAGCUGGAAGAUGGAGUGGUCACACGGCAAGUGUGUGCUUCAACAUGGAAUGGAUGCUGUGGUUACAAAUCUCAUCCAAUACAAGUCAAAGCUUGUCCAGGAAACUAUUAUGUGUAUGAAUUUGUCAGGCCAACAUUCUGCUCAGCUUAUUGUGCAGGACCAUUUUAUCAAUUUGGAGCUGGAGAUACAGAGAAUGAACAUUCUGAUGAUGGGAGUUCACCAGUGAUCUACCUUUUGCAACCAUUUAUAUUUUUUGGACAGAUAUACAACCAACUAUAUGUCAACAACAAUGGAUACUUGACAUUUGAUUGGUCAUGGUUCAGUUACUAUCCAUUCCAGUUCCCAGGUUAUGGUGGAAUAGACCUCAUCGCUCCAUUCUGGACAGAUAUUGAUAACCGGGGCAAUGGUGCGAUUACAUAUCGUCAGUACACGUCUGGCAGCGUCCUUACAGAUGCCACACAAGACAUUAACCAAUACUUCCCUGACCUGAGCUUUUCUGCAACUUGGGUUUUCAUAGCAACCUGGGACAGAGUUGCAUAUUAUCCAUAUUCACGAACCGAAACAUCUUUCCAGGUGGUUUUGAUUUCAGAUGGCCAUUUCUCUUUUGUUUUGUUUAAUUAUGGAACAAUCACUCUAACUCAAAGAAAUGUACAGGCUGGUUAUGACACCAUCAGCUCUGCAUACCACUUUUCAAUUACUGAAUCACUACAGUAUAACAUCACAAACUUGACAUACAGCAGCAAUGUCAAUGUGCCAGGCAGAUGGGUCUUCAGAACAGACCAAGGGUCACGAGGUUGUCAGUUUAAUGGUUUUCCAGUGCAGCUCGGAGACUCUUUCUGGAGUGAUGCCACCUGCCAGCAGAGAUGCACCUGCACCAGAAGCGGCCUCCAGUGUACCAAUGAGCCCUGCAGUUACUCCCAAGCCUGUCGUCCAGCAGCCUUCCAAUACUCAUGCCAGAACAUUCCUCGGCAAACCUGUACCAUCUCUGGUGAUCCUCACUACUACACUUUUGACUAUCAGGUUUUUCACUUUCAAGGGACCUGCACUUAUGUUCUAUCUGAGUCUUGUGGCAGCGGUUUACCGUACUAUCGCAUUGAGGGCAAAAAUGAGCAUCGGGGCAGCACGCAUGUGUCAUGGACACGAAUGGUCAGGGUGUUUGUCUACGAUGAAGUAAUUGAACUGGUCAAGGAUCACUAUUAUGAAGCAAGGGUUAAUGGAAGCUUUGCAGCAACACCAUUCACCCUUCACAAUGGCUCCAUCCAGGUUUAUCAGUCAGGUUUUUCCGUGGCCAUCAGCACAGACUUUGGUCUACUUGUUACAUAUGAUGCAUACAGCUACGUUAGCAUCUCUGUACCACAUGACUAUUUUAAUUCCACAUGUGGUCUGUGUGGAAACUUUAACCUGCAUCCUGAAGAUGAUUUCCGUUCACCCAGUGGUGAAGUCUUGAGCUCAGAUGUGGACUUUGCCAAUAGUUGGAAAGUAGACAGUGACACAGAUCCUGAGUGUCAUAAUGUCAGGUGCACAGGUCUUGCUUGUGCUGUUUGUACCUCAGAUGAAAUGGCUUUAUACAGUGACAGCAACCACUGUGGAAUCCUGGAAGAUGUUUCUGGCCCUUUUGCCAAUUGCCACUCUGUGCAUGCGCCACAGACCUACAAAGAGAACUGUGUAUAUGACCUUUGCUUGGGAGGAGGGUACCAGCCCAUUCUGUGCCAGGCUCUCAAUGUGUACGCUACUCAGUGCCAACAGCAGGGUGUACAACUUGGUCAAUGGAGACAGCAGGGCUUCUGUGAAAUUCAAUGCCCUGAACACAGUCAUUUUGAGCCUCAAGGAACAGGCUGUCCUGCAACUUGCAGUUAUCCAUCUGCCCCAAUGAAUUGUCCCUUGCCCAGUCAGGAAAGCUGUAUCUGUGAUCCUGGGUACAUCCUGAGUGCUGGAGCGUGUGUGCCUGAAGCAAACUGUGGCUGCAAUUUUGAGGGUUUCUAUUACACAGAAGGACAGUCAGUGGUGUUGGAUGGUGACUGUGGGAGACAGUGUGUGUGCAGCAGCAUGUCGAUGACCUGCCAUCAGCACCAGUGUGGUCCAGCAGAGGUGUGUAGAGUCCAUGAUGGUGUGAGAGGCUGCAGACCCACCGGCUAUGCUACCUGCUCAGUUGAAGACCUCGGGUCAUAUCACACCUUCGAUGGAUUAAGUUUCAGAUAUCAGGGAGCUUGCGGAUUGACCCUUGCUAGGGUUAUGGGACUGUCCCCGCUACCACACUUUGCGUUGACGGUGGAAAAAGUACCCAGAGGCCUUCAAGACUUUUCCAGGUUCCUGAAGUUUGAGGCGGAAGGAAUUCAGGUCUCCAUCGAAAUGGGAGAGGGCAGCAAUGUAAAGGUGGAUGGACAGAUGGUUGGUCUGCCUGUCAAUGUAGGCUCUGGUCGAAUCCACAUUUAUCACAGCAGUGUGAGGGGUUUUGUCUUGGAAACAAACUUUGGGGUGAGUGUAAGAGCCGACUGGCCACACAUUGUCCGAAUUACGGCACCAAGCACAUAUAGUGGCACACUUGGAGGUCUGUGUGGAAACUUUAAUGGAGACAUUGCCGAUGAGUUUUACACUCCAGAUGCAGUCCUGUUAAAUGACACUCAGCUGUUUGCGGACAGCUGGCGUGAUGGUUCCCUAUCAGCCCACUGCGAAGACCCAAAUGACAGCUGGGAACCAGGACAUUAUCAGAACAGCAGCCAGUUCAUUGAACAUUGUAGUAUCAUGACUAAGUAUGAUGGACCAUUUGCUGAGUGCAGCAGAGCAAUAGAUCCUCAGCAACGCAUUGCAGAUUGCGUUCAGCUGCUGGAGCAGACACAAGGUGCCAGAGAGGCUCUAUGUGAGGCCCUGCGAGGUUACAUGCUACUUUGCCAGCAGAAUGGCAUUGCAGUGGAAGAGUGGAGGAGUGCCACCCACUGUGAUCCCAGCUGUCCAGCUGAUACUCAUUAUGAAGUAUGUGGCACAUCCUGUCCUGCUUCCUGUCCCAGCCUCUCCUUCCCAUUUCAGUGCACAUUGCAGUGCCAGGAGGGAUGCCAGUGUAAUGAUGGUAAUGUGUUGAAUGGAGAUCAUUGUGUGCCUCCCGUGGGUUGUGGUUGCCUCCACUCUGGGCGUUAUCGGCAGGCUGGAGAGACGUUCUGGCAUGGUGAAGAGUGCCAGUACUUCUGUGUUUGUGAUGGAAUCACUGGAAAUGUUCAUUGCACACAAUCUUCUUGCAGUGAGGGGGAGGUCUGCCAUGUGUUGGAUGGCGAGUACGGCUGCCAUCCUCAACCGCAUGCUCGUUGCUCUGCUUCAGGAGACCCCCACUACAUGUCUUUUGAUGGCACCUACUUUGACUUCCAGGGCACAUGCCGCUAUGUGCUAGCCACAGUAUGUAAUGACACUACUGGCCUUCCGCACUUCCAGGUGGAUGCAAGGAAUGAGGCAUGGCAUGGACUCUCAGUAGCAAUUACUGUAGAAGUUUUUGUCAAUGUCUCUGGGCAUCUUGUGCACAUGUCACAAGACAUGAAUGGUCAUUCUACUGUUGAUGGAGAGACCAGAAACCUCCCAAUCCUGCUUGACUCUGGACGGGUGUCUGUGUACUCCAGUGCACAGUACAUAUUUGUAUCAACUGACUUUGGUUUGAGUGUGAGUUAUGGUGGUUCAUGGACAUUGAACAUCAUCAUACCAGCGAACUACAGUGGGGUUACGUGUGGCAUCUGUGGCAACUUCAACGGCCAGAGUAAUGAUGACUUCAUGACUCCUUCAGGUGCUCUGGUGCGCUCAGCAGACCAGUUUGGAGCAAGUUGGAAGGUAGAGGACGAGCUGCCAUGCAAAAAUGGGUGUGGAAACAAUUGUCCUUUGUGCCAGGAUCAGACAACUGCCCGUUCUGUGUGUGACAUCAUCAGGUCCAGUCAAGGCCCCUUUAGUUUCUGCCAUGUUUCUGUAGAUCCCCAAGCCUACUUUGAAGACUGUGUGUUCGAUGUGUGCCUUUCUGGAAACCGUAAUGAUGUCCUGUGUCGCUCGAUCCAAACCUAUGCAAUUGCCUGUCAAUCUAACAAUGUCGUUAUAUAUCCCUGGAGAGAAAUCGCAUCAUGUGUCAUAACCUGCCCAGAGAACAGCCACUAUGAGUUGUGUGGCACAGACUGUGGUCAUACUUGCUCCAGCAACAUUGAUGCUAGUUGUGAACACACAUGCUCAGAGGGAUGCUUCUGUGAUGAUGGGUUGGUGAGGAGUGGAGGACUCUGUGUAUCAGUGGAGCAAUGUGGCUGCUUGUAUGAUGGAUUUUACUUUAAUGUUGGUGAGCAAUUCUGGAAUCUAGAAUGUUCCCAACACUGUGAGUGUUUUGCUCCAAAUGAUCUGCGCUGCUCUGCUUCCUACUGCCAACCUACUAUGUUGUGUAUGGUCAGAAAUGGACACCGUGACUGCUACGAAGAGAGUACCACAUACAUGACCACCACCAUAUUAAGCCGUUCCUCAGAGCAGAGUACCGUUAACUUGACCACCAACAGACCAAUCCCCCCAGCGGUGUUUUAUCCAUUUGGAGCUGGAGACAUAGAGAAUUAUCGUUCUGAUGAUGGAAGUUCAUCUGUGAUCUACAUUCUGCAACAAUUCAUAUUUUUUGGACAAACAUAUAGUCAAAUAUAUGUCAACAACAAUGGACACUUGACUUUUGAUGGAUCAUUUUCCAGCUACACUCCAUAUCAGUUCCCAGGUUAUGGUGGAAUUGACCUCAUCGCUCCAUUCUGGACAGAUAUUGAUAACCGGGGCAAUGGUGUUAUUUCAUAUCGUCAGUACACGUCUGGCAGCGUCCUUACAGAUGCCACACAAGACAUUAACCAAUACUUCCCUGACCUGAGCUUUUCUGCAACUUGGGUCUUUGUAGCAACAUGGGACAGAGUUGCAUAUUAUCCAUAUUCAGGAACAGAAACAUCUUUCCAAGUGGUUUUGAUUUCCGAUGGCCAUUACACAUUUAUUUUGAUGAAUUAUGGAACAAUUGCUCCAAAACGUUAUGUACAGGUGUGCACAACGUGGCAAAUAAUAUUUCGGGAUUUAGAAGACUAUUUAAAUAAGAUUUUGAAUUUUUUUUAUCAUAAUUUAUCACAGGCUGGUUAUGACACCAUCAACUCCAGAUACCAUUUCUCAAUUCCUGGAUCAUUCUCGGAUAACAUCACAAACUUGACAUACAGCAGCAAUGUCAAUGUUCCAGGCAGAUGGGCUUUCAGGACAGAUCAUGGAUCACGGGGUUGUCAGUUUAAUGGUGCUCCAGUGCAGCUCGGAGACUCUUUCUGGAGCGAUGCAAACUGCCAGCAGAGAUGCACCUGCACCAGAAGCGGCCUCCAGUGUACCAAUGAGCCCUGCAGUUACUCCCAAGCCUGUCGUCCAGCAGCCUUCCAAUACUCUUGCCAGACCAUUCCUCGGCAAACCUGUACCAUCUCUGGUGAUCCUCACUACUACACUUUUGACUAUCAGGUUUUUCACUUUCAAGGGACCUGCACUUAUGUUCUAUCUGAGGCUUGUGGCAACAGUUUGCCAUACUAUCGCAUUGAGGGCAAAAAUGAGCAUCGGGGCAGCACGCAUGUGUCAUGGACACGAAUGGUCAGGGUGUUUGUCUACGAUGAAGUAAUUGAACUGGUCAAGGAUCACAAUUAUGAAGCAAGGGUUAAUGGAAGCUUUGCAGCAACACCAUUCACCCUUCACAAUGGCUCCAUCCAGGUUUAUCAGUCAGGUUUUUCCGUGGCCAUCAGCACAGACUUUGGUCUACUUGUUACAUAUGAUGCAUACAGCUACGUUAGCAUCUCUGUACCACAUGACUAUUUUAAUUCCACAUGUGGUCUGUGUGGAAACUUUAACCUGCAUCCUGAAGAUGAUUUCCGUUCACCCAGUGGUGAAGUCUUGAGCUCAGAUGUGGACUUUGCCAAUAGUUGGAAAGUAGACAGUGACACAGAUCCUGAGUGUCAUAAUGUCAGGUGCACAGGUCUUGCUUGUGCUGUUUGUACCUCAGAUGAAAUGGCUUUAUACAGUGACAGCAACCACUGUGGAAUCCUGGAAGAUGUUUUUGGCCCUUUUGCCAAUUGCCACUCUGUGCAUGCGCCACAGACCUACAAAGAGAACUGUGUAUAUGACCUUUGCUUGGGAGGAGGGUACCAGCCCAUUCUGUGCCAGGCUCUCAAUGUGUACGCUACUCAAUGCCAACAGCAGGGUGUACAACUUGGUCAAUGGAGACAGCAGGGCUUCUGUGAAAUUCAAUGCCCUGAACACAGUCAUUUUGAGGCUCAAGGAACAGGCUGUCCUGCGACUUGCAGUUAUCCAUCUGCCCCAAUGAAUUGUCCCUUGCCCAGUCAGGAAAGCUGUAUCUGUGAUCCUGGGUACAUCCUGAGUGCUGGAGCGUGUGUGCCUGAAGCAAACUGUGGCUGCAAUUUUGAGGGUUUCUAUUACACAGAAGGACAGUCAGUGGUGUUGGAUGGUGACUGUGGGAGACAGUGUGUGUGCAGCAGCAUGUCGAUGACCUGCCAUCAGCACCAGUGUGGUCCAGCAGAGGUGUGUAGAGUCCAUGAUGGUGUGAGAGGCUGCAGACCCACCGGCUAUGCUACCUGCUCAGUUGAAGACCUCGGGUCAUAUCACACCUUCGAUGGACUAAGUUUCAGAUACCCCGGAGCUUGCGGACUGAUCCUUGCUAGGGUGAUGGGACUGUCCCCGCUACCACACUUUGCGUUGACGGUGGAGAAAGUACCCAGAGGCCUUCAAGACUUUUCCAGGUUCCUGAAGUUUGAGGCGGAAGGAAUUCAGGUCUCCAUCAAAUUGGGAGAGGGCAGCAAUGUAAAGGUGGAUGGACAGAUGGUUGGUCUGCCUGUCAGUGUCGGCUCUGGUCGAAUCCACAUUUUUCACAGCAGUGUGAGGGGUUUUGUCUUGGAAACAAACUUUGGGGUGACUGUCAGAGCCGACUGGCCACACAUUGUCCGAAUUACAGCACCAAGCACAUAUAGUGGCACACUUGGAGGUCUGUGUGGGAACUUCAAUGGAGACAUUGCCGAUGAGUUUUACACUCCAGAUGCCGUCCUGUUAAAUGACACUCAGCUGUUUGCGGACAGCUGGCGUGAUGGUUCCCUAUCAGCCCACUGCGAAGACCCAAAUGACAGCUGGGAACCAGGACAUUAUCAGAACAGCAGUCAGUUCAUUGAACAUUGUAGUAUCAUGACUAAGUAUGAUGGACCAUUUGCUGAGUGCAGCAGAGCAAUAGAUCCUCAGCAACGCAUUGCAGACUGUGUCCAGCUGCUGGAGCAGACACAAGGUGCCAGAGAGGCUCUAUGUGAGGCCCUGCGAGGUUACAUGCUACUUUGCCAGCAGAAUGGCAUUGCAGUCGAAGAGUGGAGGAGUGCCACCCACUGUGAUCCCAGCUGUCCAGCUGAUACUCAUUAUGAAGUAUGUGGCACAUCCUGUCCUGCUUCCUGUCCCAGCCUCUCCUUCCCAUUUCAGUGCACAUUGCAGUGCCAGGAGGGAUGCCAGUGUAAUGAUGGUAAUGUGUUGAAUGGAGAUCGUUGUGUGCCUCCCGUGGGUUGUGGUUGCCUCCACUCUGGGCGUUAUCGGCAGGCUGGAGAGACGUUCUGGCAUGGUGAAGAGUGCCAGUACUUCUGUGUUUGUGAUGGAAUCACUGGAAAUGUUCAUUGCACACAAUCUUCUUGCAGUGAGGGGGAGGUCUGCCAUGUGUUGGAUGGCGAGUACGGCUGCCAUCCUCAACCGCAUGCUCGUUGCUCUGCUUCAGGAGACCCCCACUACAUGUCUUUUGAUGGCACCUACUUUGACUUCCAGGGCACAUGCCGCUAUGUGCUAGCCACAGUAUGUAAUGACACUACUGGCCUUCCGCACUUCCAGGUGGAUGCAAGGAAUGAGGCAUGGCAUGGACUCUCAGUAGCAAUUACUGUAGAAGUUUUUGUCAAUGUCUCUGGGCAUCUUGUGCACAUGUCACAAGACAUGAAUGGUCAUUCUACUGUUGAGGUUGAUGGAGAGACCAGAAACCUCCCAAUCCUGCUUGACUCUGGACGGGUGUCUGUGUACUCCAGUGCACAGUACAUAUUUGUAUCAACUAACUUUGGUUUGAGCGUGAGUUAUGGUGGUUCAUGGACAUUGAACAUCAUCAUACCAGCGAACUACAGUGGGGUUACGUGUGGCAUCUGUGGCAACUUCAACGGCCAGAGUAAUGAUGACUUCAUGACUCCUUCAGGUGCUCUGGUGCGCUCAGCAGACCAGUUUGGAGCAAGUUGGAAGGUCGAGGACGAGCUGCCAUGCAAUGAUGGGUGUGGAAACAAUUGUCCUUUGUGCCAGGAUCAGACAACUGCCCGUUCUGUGUGUGACAUCAUCAGGUCCAGUCAAGGCCCCUUUAGUUUCUGCCAUGUUUAUGUAGAUCCUCAAGCCUACUUUGAAGACUGUGUGUUCGAUGUGUGCCUUUCUGGAAACCGUAAUGAUGUCCUGUGUCGCUCGAUCCAAACCUAUGCAAUUGCCUGUCAAUCUAACAAUGUCGUUAUAUAUCCCUGGAGAGAAAUCGCAUCAUGUGUCAUAACCUGCCCAGAGAACAGCCACUAUGAGUUGUGUGGCACAGACUGUGGUCAUACUUGCUCCAGCAACAUUGAUGCUAGUUGUGAACACACAUGCUCAGAGGGAUGCUUCUGUGAUGAUGGGUUGGUGAGGAGUGGAGGACUCUGUGUAUCAGUGGAGCAAUGUGGCUGCUCGCAUCACGGAUUCUACUUUAAUGUUGGUGAGCAAUUCCGAGAUGAAGAAUGUUCCCAACUCUGUGAAUGUUUCGCGCCAAAUGAUUUGCGCUGCUCUUAUUCAUCAUGCCCAUCAACAAUGGAGUGUACGGUCAGAAAUGGACUUCGUGGCUGUUAUGAAGAGAGCACUACACACAUUAUCACCACCUCAUCAACCCUUCCCUCAGAAGAGGGCACCACCUACAUGACCACCAUCAGAUCAACUAUUCCCUCAAGAGACCCCUGUCAAGAGCUCAGCUGCACUGAGAUUGAACGGUGUGAAGAGAAACAUGGUGUUUACGGCUGUUCCUGCAUGGCAAACCAUCACAGAUCUCAGCAUGACUCCUUUGAUUUCACUGAAACCUGUGAAAGCAGCUCUGGCUCCAUGUCUCUGUCUCGCUGUCAGCUUUUUGAGGCUGGUUUUCCUUCCGACAUCUUACACCUCAAUGACCCCAACUGCAGAGGAACAGUCCAGAAUGGCAGAGUGGAGUUCUAUUUUGAUAACAAUGAACACGUCUGUGGCACAAAUCUUGUGGCCAAUGGCACCCACUUCAUCUAUGAGAACUUUAUUGUGGGGGAGCCAAACUUAGUUGGGCAUCUCAUCAGCAGGAAGAAAAUUCUGAAGCUUUCUUUCAGCUGUGUUUACUCACAAACCCAAACACUUUCCAUGGACAUCAACCCUCUGGAGAGCUCUGUGCACGUGAACCUUCCUGCUGGUCAAGGGACAUAUCGGGUCAGGAUGAUUCCAUAUCAGGAUGCUGAAUUCUCCAACCCCUUCGCUGGUAGUGUGAACGCAGAGCUGAGCAAGCGGAUUUUUGUGGAAGUUCGUGUUGAUGGAGUCGACAGCCGUCAGUUUGCUUCAGUGAUUGACACAUGUUGGGCUACACCUGUGAACGAUCCUCAUUACCCUCUCCGCUGGGACCUAAUAGUUGACAGGUGUCCCAAUCCUAAUGAUGAUACAGUGCAGUUGCUGCAAAAUGGUGUUUCUACAUCCAGCCGUUUCUCCUUCGAGAUGUUUAUCUUCACUGCAGACUCCACCAAGGUUUACGUGCACUGCGCUAUUCACCUUUGCCUUCUGACAGACAAUCACUGCUCAGUGCACUGUGACUCUGAACACCAUAGAGUGGGCAGAUCUGUGGAUUUUCAUGACAGUAAUUCCAUAUCUAUUGGUCCAUUGAUAUGGUCUGACAGUAACAAAGAUACACCGAUGCCACGCCAAGUGCUAGCAUCCAGGGCUCCAUCUCUGUUGGGUUCUCUGACUAUAUCACUUAUUUCGCUGUUGAGUCUUCUGAUUAUCUUCUAGAAUAUUUCCACUGACAAUCAACCUAAUGUUUUAACACAUCUGUUCUUCAAUAUAUUUUUAUUAUCUCUUUCCCGAUGAAUGUGACGCUGAUGCCAGACUGUUACAAGCUUUCUAUAAAUGUGACCUUUGGGUGAAUGUUGAAAAUGUUUUCUAAAUCAAACAAUCUUGUUACUAUUAUUAUUACUUUUGUUAGGAUAAAGCAUAUUGAAUAACGUGAUAAAAAAAAAAAAAAAUCACAACCUCUGUGUUUUGGGUACAUAUUUUCAUUUCUGUGUGUGUGAUUUUGUUUUUACUAUUGUUUGUCACAAUGUAGUUACUUCAGCUAUUUUCUGUUCUUAGUCAGGCUUAGGCUUCAUCCUAUAAUGAACCAUCUCAAGCCAAAUCAGCUAUACACAGACAUUAUAUGGGUCAAAUGCUGUUUUGCAGAUAAUUGUGUUAACAGAUGACUGGUUUCUCUUCAUUCUUUACUGAUACAAACAUGUUUUCACUGAUUUUGUGUAUAUUUGGAUUUUUACUGAAAAAUGCACUGUACAUAAGAAACCUUAACAUAAAAAUUAUGAAUUUAGAAUUAAUCAUUAUAAUGAUUUAAUCAUUUAGCAGAUUCAUUUGUUAAUACUAACAUGAAGAAUUUAAAUAGAACAAAUAUUGAAAGGGACCUUCUUGCUAUUCUCGCUUACACAUUAAAGUUAUAUUAAAGUUUGAAUUGUCUACUGAUGAAUACUGUUAGCUCCUGAUACAUGUUAGAUUGUAUGAGAUUUUCUAAUUUAUUUGCCUUUAAAAACAUUUGCUCAAUAAAUCGAACUAUUUCAAUCUAAACUGCAGCAGUGCCAUAAAAAAAUAAUAACUGCUGCAAACACACUUGUUGUAUGAGAAAAAUAGGCCUCUGUAGAAACAAUACAUGCCUAUUGUUAGCAUAAAAGAAAAACACCAGCUAGAUUGUGAAAUGAAGUGUCUUAUACCAGCACUGCACGUCUGAGGAAACAACAACAACAAUCGAAUUCACAAACAAAGAGAUCAAGCAUACUCUUGCAUUAAGCACAGUGUACAUAUGCGUCAUCCUACUUUAAAAUGUCAAAAGUCACCAUUUUCUAAACUCAGAAAGGUUAAUUAGUCGACUGAAGAAACACAUACCAAACCAUACCAUAAUCUGCUGUGGGGUGGGGAG